ACGAUCUCUGAGGCGGUUAAAGAGGAAAAGGAGGGGCGGAAAUGGAGAGCGUGUCGCCUCCGCUCUGAACUCACGAGUGCUGCCAGAAAACAACACCCAGAGUGUGUAGGUGUCCUGUCCGGGUGUUAGGGUCCGAGUGUGAGUGGGCUCAGAGUUUAAAACUGAGUUAAAGUGUUAAAGUUAGCGCGGUCGUUUCGGUCGAGCUCGCCCUGAUCUGCGUCUACAGAUAACAGAGCCAGCGCCAACAAUGAACAGGACAGAUAUGAAGAACCUGACAACACACACCAGUGUGACAGCACAGCCGGCUGCUUCGUCACCGUUCGCCACACCAGCAGGAACCACCAUCAUUCAGGCGGUGACCACAGCAGCCCCCUCUGGUCCAGACUCUGCUGUUAUUGCAGUGGUUGUAGUCGUCAUCCUGCUGACCGUAGCCGUCCUGGGCUUCCUGCUCUACCGGUAUCUCUGCCACAACAAGGGCGACUACAGGACGACGGGGGAGCUGGCUCCCGGAGAGGACGGCGAUGAGGACGACGGCAAUCAGACCGCCACUGAGAAGAAGGAGUACUUCAUAUAAACCUGCAGGAAGAGUGGGCGGCAUCAGAGAAAAGCAAAGACAAACUAAGGAUCUGAUGAUUUGGGACUUUUUGUAUGAAUCCAGUUUUAAAGGGGAGGCUGCUACACAAACCCCAUCUUAAAAGACUAUGGUAGGAAUGCACGUGAAACCAAAGACCGGAGCAGGGCGUGUAUGCGAAGCAUGCGGGAGAACAACUGUUGUGCUUCAGAAUAGAUGAGCCUGUCCUGAAACAGGUGGUGGAGUUUUAAACGCGUCUGCUGCAGCAACAAGAUCAGGAGAGAAGCAGCAGCAUUGUUUUAUUAGUGACACUAAACCACGUUUCAGGUUGUCUUACCGUAUUCGUCUCUGACGUUAUCAUCCACAUGCACGCUGUUACUUAUUGGACUUUUUAUUUUUAUUUUUUUAUAAAAGGCUUUUCUGUGCUGUCUGCUUUUGUUACUGCUGGAUUCCUUUUCCAGGUUCUGGUUACUGGUUGCUUUGGUUUUAAUGGAAGGUGACAGUUUGUCUUUGGACGUGUCAUUAAAGUGCGACGUUGUUUCAUCAGGA